AUGGCGCCUCAUCCCUCGGGUGUGCCAGCUGUCCAAGCGACCCACGAGACAGAACAGCCCUUCCAGGGCGCCUCGGACGCCGAAGUGACCUGCGUUGCGUCCGCUCCGCCCAGCCCGGCUCGCGUGCAGGGGGGCUGCGCGGAGGAGGAAGGGGGCGGCUGCCGAGGCGCCUCGAGGAAGCUCCGGCCGAGGCGCGGGGGGCGCAGCCGGCCCAAGAGCGAGUUGGCUCUGAGCAAGCAGCGGCGGAGCCGGCGCAAGAAGGCCAACGACCGCGAGCGCAAUCGGAUGCACAACCUCAACUCCGCGCUGGACGCGCUUCGCGGCGUCCUGCCCACCUUUCCCGACGAUGCCAAGCUCACCAAGAUCGAGACGCUACGCUUCGCGCACAACUACAUCUGGGCGCUGACGCAGGCGCUGCGCAUAGCAGACCACAACCUCUACGGGCUGGAGCCGCCCGCGCCGCCCUGCGAAGAGCUGGGCAGCCAGGACGGCGGCUCCCCGGGAGAAUGGGGCUCCCUCUACUCUCCGGUCUCCCAGGCGGGCAGCCUGAGCCCCGCCGCCUCGCUGGAGGAGCGUCCGGGGCUGCAGAUGCCUGCCUCCCCUACCGGUCUGCGCCCCGGCGCCCUAGCUUUCUCAGACUUUCUAUGAAGGGGCCCGCGGGUCUCUGGGCGGUGCGUGCUCGGGAGAGAGGGAGGGGGCGGUUACGGGGGCCCUCAUGCGAACUUGCCCUUCCGGUCUCUGGCUCGCUGACACCCGAUGAGCCCAGGCGCCUACGAGGGUGACAGGCUGGAUUCAAUCCCCCGUCCUCUGCGUCGCGCUAACUUCAGACCACCGCACUCAGGUUGCUGCGCAAGCAGGUGGGCGUUGCAGGCUUCGAGCGUUCCCCUCCCUGCGACCACCCCAAGUCUCCCGCAAAGACGACGACAAUGGUAGCACUGCGCAGCCGGAGACACUGUCUCCAGCCAUCCUACCCUCCCUCAAGUGUGCCAGUCUGUCUCUUACCAACCUUCCAACCAAGGUGACUUAAUCCAGUAUUUGAUCUCCUCCGGUUUGCUCUCCUCGCCCAGCGUCUCUUCUGGAAAGACGCCGCUGACCCUCUCCGUAUUAAGCCCUGGUUUCUGGCCGGUCCGCUGCCUUAAUCCACGAAGGCGAUCCUCCGCCUUCUCUCGGUGCACUUUUCAGAGCCAUUGGCCUCCCGGGGGAGGGAGACCAGGCUGUGAACUGCGGCAGAGACCGCCUGGCUCAGGAAUGUCUCUCCCGCUUCCCUGCGACUGAAGCUCCCCUGUCUUAAAAAAAAGAAAGGAAGGAAGGAAGGAAGGAAGGAAGGAAGGAAGGAAGGAAGAAAGAAAGAAAGAAAGAAAAAAGAAAAGAAAAGAAAAAGAAGAAGAGAGAAGAAAAAAUCAGUUUGUAAAUUAUAUGAUACCUUUUGAAAUGAAUUUUGGUAUGGUAAAUUAUA